AGUGACGUGGAGGGCAGAGAUAAGCCAAGACAGUACCAGGGCUGGGGAGCAGGGUCGGAGCAGGGACAGUCCAGCAAGCAGGAUGAAGACACGCGGAGGAGCCGGCACCCAACAGGGUGAAGAUACACAGACGAUCUCGCCCUGAGUGUCUGGUCCUGGCUCCUCUUAUGCUCUGCAGCAGGUGGGAGUAAUUGCGCUGAUGCGCUCCAGGUGCGCGCGGGAGGAGCCAGGAACUCCACCCAGCUCCAGGCAUACAGUGUGCGCUGUUCAGAGACAAUCCACCCUCUUCUACAACGAGACGAGGUUCUGCGCGGAGCAGGGACGCAGCGCACGAAUAACAAGCAACACGCCAAAGAUCUUGUCUCAGUCGUCUGGACCUUCUCCUCAGCACUAUGCCGAUCGUGCUACAGUCCACUCCUCUGUUCUGGACCCGUUUGGCGGCCCUGGUCUUCUCCUGCGUGGCGUUCUCUGUGGCGGUUCACGGGGGAUGGCUGUACCACGGCACGGGCGACUGGUGCAUCUUCUGCUGGGCCUUUAGCUUCGCCGGGACUCUGCUGGUUUUGUUGGUGGAACUUUUCGGCCUCCAAACGCGCGCUCCCGUCUCAUGGAAAAACUUCCCUAUAACGUUUGCGUGCUACGCCGCGCUGCUCUGCCUGUCCGCUUCCAUCAUCUUCCCGCUGUACUACCUCAAGGGAAGCCUGGCCCAGAGCCAGACCCGCGACUACAGAAUCGUCUCCACCGUUUUCUCCUGCUUAGCCACAAUCGCGUACAUGACGGAAGUUAGCAUUAGCAAGGCGCGGCCGGGCGAAGUCGCGGGCUACAUGGCUACUGCUCCUGGUAUUCUUAAAGUGUGCGAAACCUUCAUCGCUUGUAUUAUUUUCGUUUUCAUCAGUGAUCCGGUUUUGUACGACCGCGCCGAGGCUCUUAAAUACUGCAUGGCGGUUUACUGCAUCUGCUUCAUUCUGUCCGCCGCCAUCAUCGUCCUGUGCGUUUGCGAGUGCACAGGUUGCCUCCCGUUCCCGUUUGCGCGCUUCUUAUCGGGGUACGCUAUGCUAGCUGUUCUCUUGUACAUCUCCGUGACGAUCGUGUGGCCCAUUUUCAACUUUGACCCCAAACACGGCGGAGAGAAGGAUCGUCCGAGCAGCUGCGGCUCCAAUCCCGGUCUGUGCAGCUGGGACAAACGGAUGGCCGUGGCUGUUCUCACGGGACUAAACUUCGUCCUGUAUUUGGCCGAUCUCAUUUACUCGACUCGUUUGGUUUUCGUCAGCUCUUAAAGCAGAAACGCGCUGACGCUGGGUGUGUGCUUCAGACACGACCGGACUGGACCUGGUCACACUGAUGUGGAGACUCAGGUUGUUGGAUCAGACCAGGAGCUUAAAUAAGGCUAAAAACAAUAACUUUAUGUUUUAUACAAUAGUUUGACCCUGUGCACACGCUCAGAAGUGUGGACACGCCCUCUCAGCCAAAGGUUUGGUCUUUCUACUUUCUACAUUUUAUAAACACACAGAAGACACAUAUAUGACACGAGUUAUACGGACGUAUGGAGUAAAGACAAAAAGUGACACAGUUUUAUAUCCAAAUGAUCCAAGUAAUCCUUUGGAGUUUAGAGUUUUAGUAAAACCUUUGUCUUUACUACAUAAGUCCUUUUAUCUUCAUGUGUCUGUCGUCUGUGUGUUUAUAAAAUGUAAAAAGCUGUAAAAAAAACGUUGGAUGAGAACGUGUCCAAACUUUUGCCUGAUUAAAAAACAAACACCUUCUAUAAUUUUCAGUGGGUCAAUAUUUUAACUUUAGGUUCCUGUUCAUUUGUCCGUAGUAAAAAGUAACAAUGGAACAUCAUUUUUGUGAAGUUCAUAGAUUCAGUUUCGUUCCAACUCGAGUCUGUAAAUCCACAAACUCCUCCAAAAACUGUUACAUGAGUAGUUUGAUCAUAUCAGUGCACCAAACCUCCAAACGAUCAUAUUAAUACUAAAAGUGUCGUUUCUGAGUGAGUGUAAACACAGUAGAGCCGCCCCGCCCGCUCUGUGCAGCUCGGCUCCGCCCACAGCAGCUGGGAGCCAUUACACACACAGGCCCAGUGAAAUGUUGGGACAUUUCCUGUUAAAUUAUUACAGGAACGAACCUUAAUCUUAUUUAGUUAAAACACCAAAGGCAUAAGUGAACCACGCCCAGUCCAGUUUAACAUGAAGCAAACAUCCAGCUCUGACCACACGUCCUACAGCAGGUGAACGUGCACAGGAGCCGUUAGUCCUGCGUGCGUCCAGUCCACAAUGAAGAAAGAUCAAAAUGGCGGCUUGUUUUUGUUUACUUUUGUUGCAUUGUUAUUAAUCAGUGUUGUACGAUAAGGCCUGGACAGAGCGAGGACGCUGUGGGAAAUGUGUCGGACAUUUUGUGAGUGGAACAAGAGAAAAACUCAGACAAAUGUGUAGAAGUGACGGCAGAGCGCGGAAUUUAUGAUGUAAAAUGGGAAUAUUUUUAUUUUUAAGAUCUGAGUUUGGUGGAACGUGGGCGUUAGAUAAAAGUCUAAACAGUGUUAAAUAGAAAAGCUCCGUCUCCUCAUUCAUGUUUAAAUCACGUCUCACUCACAACAUGGACGCUCUUUACCAUCGCUCACCGUGGCCACGCCCUCAUUCUUUAUGAUCAGUCACCGUGGCCACGCCCUCGUUCUAGGCUCUUAUUAAAGCUCAUAGUUAUUGCGUUUUUAUGCUACAAAAACGGGUGGUAAAAUUUGAAUUAUGCAUCUGAUUUAUUUUUAAAUUUGAAUUAUUGUAAAACUUGAAGAAUUUUACCAGUUUGUAGCAUGUUUGUGCUUUUUGCUAGCUUUGUGCGCUAAUCCAAGUGUAACAGCGACGUCUGUUUGAGAAAUGAGUUUAUUUUAUUCAGUGUAAAACUCCACAAUAGUUUUUUUUUAUUCAGAUUCAUUUUUUCUGCUGUUAAUUUUUUUGUUUCAGGUAAAAUCCUGUUGACUUUUGUAAACUGUAAAAACUGUUUAAAAGGUCAAAUCAAACUCUUCAUUAAAGGUGCACUAUGUAACUUUCCAGGCGGAGUCCAACGCUUGUCUCCAUGGAGAUGUAACUGCCUGAAAUGUCCCACAGUAUGGCUUUAAAUGACCCAUCAUGCACUUGUUCAACAGUCUGACGUGUCAUUUGAAUCGUUUUAUCACUCAAAGCCUCAUCGUCUGCUCGUCUCCGUGGAGAUAGAUCAGUUUAAUGUCACUCUGCGGAACAUUUCAGGCAAAGCAGUGACAUGUGGACCCCAGAGAAGUUACACAGUGGAUCUUUAAAUUCAAAAUGGUUCAUAUAUUUGUACAUGUGGCUUUUGCUGCAGCUGCUGAAUGACACUGUUUUAGUCCUAAACAUUUCCACUUUUGUUCUUGCGAGUCACAAUCCAAAUGUAUCAAAUGUAAUAUCAGUGUUCAAAUAAAAAUAUGAGUUGGACAUUG